GUUGUUCUCAUCAAGUCGGAGCUUAACUUCCAGUCGGGAUCUAGACCUCGGAUUCGGUGUUCCUCUAAUCGGGAUAAGAUACACAUUCGUUUGGUGACUCUGUGGCUGCCACAGGAUGCGCGUUUGAUUGUCGUUUUCUCAGUGGAUUAAAUGCGAUUUCAUGAUGCUGCACUCGCAUCUGCCCCUGCAUCUCAUUUCAGUUUUCGGUGCUCUUUUGGGUUUCUUUGUGGAUCCAGGGAGUGCUGAGAUUGAAUACAAUACCAUAAACGAGGAUGGAUCCUUUCAAUUUCGACAUGCAAAUGAUGACAUUGGCGGCUACUAUCACAGCGCCUCGGGCACUCCGGACAACACGGUGCGAGGUCGCUACGGUUCGCGGAGUCCGGCGAGCGGCCAGAUCGAGGAGACGGUCUACACGGCCGGACCACGUGGAUUCCGGGCUAACGGACCGAAAAUUCAUCGUAAAAUGGACUUGGCCCAGUAUCCGGUUUUGCCGCGAGGGAGUCCGGAUGACCCACUAGCCGAUCCUUUCGACGAUCCCUCCUACAGCUUCAGUUUCCGUACCCCGGAUCAGUCACGGAGUGAGGAGAAUGAUUCUGGAAAUAGGAUCAGGGGACUCUACUCCUACUUGGAUGAUAUUGGCGAACGGCACAGUGUCCGGUAUGCCGCAGGAGCAGGAACUGGCUUCGAGAUCUCCAAUGCCUUGCCGGACAGUCCUUCCAGUGUGGCCUACUCCAGUCCCUUGUACAAGUCCCAUCCCAAGACCCGUGGUAAGAUGGCCGUACAACGAGGUCCAGCCGGAAGCUAUAAGCUCAUCGCUGCUGGUCCGGAUCACCGACGAGCGGAGAGCCGAGCCCCGGAUGGCCUGGUACGCGGCACCUACUCCUUCCUGGACGACAAGGGCGUCCAGAGGACUGUGGAAUAUAUAGCUGGAGCGGGAAUAGGCUACCGAGUGGUGCAUAACAGGAUUGGUCCUGGAACGCACAUCAAUCCUUCAGUGGCCGACUUCCGUCUGGCUGAUCCGGAUUUCCGUUUGGCGAAUGACUUUGGCAGAGGUGCAGGGGGUGGGCUUGGACCAAAAUCAGGCGGGUCUAGCGGAUCAGGAGGAGCACGGGGUGGGGGAGGUUCAUCGUCCGGAUCUGGAGGAUCCAGUGCUGGGGGUAGGGGUCGCCCUGGCAGUCGAACGGGCGGAGGCGGCAGCAGGGAUCAAUUGGAGGCAGAUGCGGAGGCGGCCGGAAAUGAUUUGGGAUCUGAUGACGGAAAUGGCGAUGACGAUAUUGGAAUAAGUCAGGGAUCGAGUGGAUCUACCUCCUUCAACGGCAAAGAGGAUCGUCGCGGGUUUGCAGCCGGAAACUCCAACAGGGGCAGCACAAGGUAUGAUGGUGGAGGUGGAAACUCCGAACGAGGAGGAGGUGGAGGUGGUGGCGGAGGCUCCUCUAGGGUAAGCGGAAGUGGGUCCAGAAAUAGGAACAGAUUCAGUGGGAGUGGAGGGGCAGGUUCCUCGGAAAGGGGAGGAUCUGGGGGAAGAGGCGGCAGUGGUGGAGGAGGCGGCGGCAGCAGUCGCCGGGGUGGGGGAUCCUCAAGCUCUGGCUCCAGUGAAGGCGAUUCCGGCCUGGGCUACCUGCCACCUGCGACAAGUGGCUCCGGCAGCAGUGCCGUCAGCGGACCCGGAGACAACUAUCACCUAAACGACGACGACGUGGGCAGCUCGUUGCCACCACUGGUGACGGCCAACCACCGGAUCCUGGAGAUCGAUCGGGACAGAGAGUGGGUGCAGCGACAUCGGGACUCCACGGUGAUCAAGAACGUGGGCAAGUGGUACGUGGGCCUGCCACCGGGCCAGAGUGUCCGGGCCCAUGUCCAGAACAUCGACAUAAUACCGCUGGGCGGAAGGAUCGGUCUGUCGCCAUCGGAGGCUCUGCGGCAGGACGAGAUUGCCGAGCUGAACGCCUCCCGGGAGCACUAAUCGGCAGUAGCUUGUAGUAACUGGUAGUUAGCUCUAAGUGAUCAGUGUUAAGUAACCGAAACUGGGUUGAAUCCAAUCGCUCCACGUGGAAACUGUAACAGUAUUUUAAGGCGGAAUACAUUUAAUGCCUGUAUCUGUAACUGA